AUGGCUACCUCCAAGAGCAACCCACUCCGAAUCGGAGUUCUGAUCAGCGGCUGGGUGCAACUCCUAGACCUCGCCGUAAUUGACCUCUUCGCCAUAAUGUCCCCCGGAUAUAUCAAAACCUGCCAUCUCCCACAGUCUAUCGUCGACCUAGCCGUACCUUUAAAAAUCCACUACAUCGGCGCGUCAUCGGCGCCUGCAAACCUAUCUGCGAAUGUGUCCAUCAAUCUCACUGACACCGUCUCUUCUCCCUCCGUAUCCCCGGGAAAUCUUGACAUUCUCAUGAUUCCAGGCCCGGAUCCGAACCAGGUCCCCUCUGACGACCUCAAGACGUUUGUCCGAGAGCAUCACGAUGUCGGAACCACGAUCCUUAGCAUAUGCACUGGCUGUAUAGUAGCGGCACAUGCGGGUAUUCUCAACGGCAAAAGGGCCACUGGGCCUAGGAUUAUGAUUCCAGGACUGCGCGAACAAUUUCCAAAGGUGAAAGAGUGGGAUGGUUCGUGCAGGUUUGUCAAGGAUGGGAAUGUUUGGAGCAGUGGGAGCAUAACCAAUGGAUUUGACCUUGCCAUCGCAUAUUUGCGCGAAAAUUAUCCCGCACCCCUUGUGGACGUGGUAUGUGACCUGUCUGAAGUCGCAGACAGGCCAUCUGAAUAUGUUUCGGGCCUGAGGUCAGAAUUUUUUGGAAAGUUAUGA